AUGGCGCCGAAGAAAAAGGCAGCCGCGGUUGGGCCGAAAGGCAAAAAAAAGGUGGCCGCCUCGCCAGCCACUGGCGUGCCCGCACCGCCGCCCCCGCCGGAGGGGCGUGAGUUGUGGCUCGCUACAGAUGCUCUGCAGAAGACAAAGGCGAUGCGCAACUACUUCCAACUGGAGCGUGACCGAAUUAUUAACUUCUGGGAGGUGUCCAAGAAACAACUGGAGGAGUUGAAGGCACUUCUGCGACAACGUGAGCAUGAAAAGGAGGAGAACCAAGAACGUCACGAAGUAGAGAAAAAAGUCUUCAAACAGAAGAUACGACACAUGUUGUAUGAGCACCAGCUUCAACUUGCGGAGAUGAGCAGUGAGGCGGAGCGAACACUUGCGAUACGGGAGGAGGAGUACCGCCAAAAGGAGCGGGAUGCGGGAAGAGAAAUCCAUGAUGCUAAGCUGAUACUGCGGGAACAGGAGAAUCAGCAACGGGAGAUGACUUCCGCCCUCACAGCUUCACAAGACAAGGUGAUUGCGGAGCAGCAACAGUCCUUUGAGCGCAAAAUGAAGGAGAUGCAUCUCAUGUAUGAAAAGAAGACAAAGGAUCUGAGGGAGGAGAUGGACCAGCGGCGUCGUGAGGAAAUCGGUCUCAUUGAAAAGCGCAAAGAAGACCACAUUGCCGAACUUCGGGAAAUGCACGAGCGCACGUUUAGGGAGAUGAAGGAGUACUACAGUGAAAUCACUUCGAAUAACUUAGAAACAAUCCGAACCUUGAAGGACGAGGUUUACGCUCGGAAACGUACCGAAGCACACAAUGAGCGAGCAAUGAUGGAUGUUGCACAACGAAACAGGAAACUUACGGAGCCUUUAGCCAAACUUCAGCGUCAAAAGCGAGAGUUGGAGCAGGAACUCGUCAACUACGGAAGCGACAAGGAAAAACUGCGAGCUAUGAAGGCAGAGGUGCGGGAAGACGAACAAGAGUUACGCACACUUUCCUGGGAACACGAGGUACUUUCGCAGCGAUUUGUGAAGUUAGAAGAAGACCGUGAUAUCAUCCUCAACAAGUAUAACAACAUGUUACAGGAGAUACAAAAGAAGGCCACAUUCCGCCGCGUUCUUAUCCAAAGUAAACUGGAGCUGGUGCAGUCGCAGUUAGAAGGACGCGACGCUCGUCUAACGGAACUGCUGAAGCGAGCCAACAUCGACCCCGAGGGCAUAAGCGAGAUUGAGCAUAGAGUGCACGAUCUUUCCUUGGAGAAGGAUGCCGUGAUCGGCAACCUUCAGCACCUCAUUGCCCAGUUGGCGGAGAGGCAGCAGGCAGUAGUCUCCACAUACGAGGCUUACUUGAGAGGGAAUGGCAUGUCCGCACUGGGCGGGACCGUGCAGGUUCAGUGA